CGGUUAAGAUAACAUUUUCGUGUCAACUUACUAACUACAAAAUCGUAACCUAACUGCUCGGAACUGCAAUGAAGUUAAUGUUGGUUAUUUUAUCCUUUGCCGUUAUUGGCAUCACGACAGCCAUGCACAUGGUAGAUAUAAAGAGAGAUGCACCGCUGAAAGAUCCAGAGAUGAAAAGAAAGAUCGAGGACUUGAUAGCCGAAAGUCUAACGAAGCUGCAUAAAUGUCUAUCGGACACAAAAAAACUGAAACAGUGCUUCAAAGACUUCCACACAGACCUGAAUCCUCCUCCCGCGGCCAGCUCCUGUGAGAACAAGUUUGAGGGAUGCUACACCAAAGCGAUCCAGCAUCAUAAUGGAAUGACAUGCCUUAAAACUUUUCUCAGAUGCCUGGAAGAAAACGUGUCAUUUGAGUAAGACGACCCGGCGUUUUCUUUGUGACGGCAGAUAUGGAGAAUGAAUGAUUCAGUGAACAUGAAUAAAGCUAUUUUUAAAGUGUC